AUGAACGUCGAACCGAUUUGUGGUAGCGAUGGGAAGACCUAUAACUCAUAUUGUGAAGUAAAACGCGCCAUAUGUCAUGGCAAUCCGGUCAAAAAACAGUUCUCGGGACCUUGUCCUGAAAAUUUGCGAUGUCAACUGGAACGAGCUUAUCAGUUGAAACUAGCAGGGGAAAAAAUGAACAGUAGCGAUGUUUACGUACCAGAAUGUAACGCUACCGAUGGUUCGUAUGCCACCAUACAGUGUCACAGAAGUACAGGUUAUUGUUGGUGUGUGACGCGGAUCGGACGACCGUUACCAAGCACAUCUAAACGAUACGGCAUUCCGAAUUGUCAUAUUUUACAAAAGACGAAAAUUGGACGACGUUCGCAUAGAAAAAGUAAUGGUGAUGCGGUAUCCUCAAAUGGUAUGAUUCAUGAACUGUAA